UUUUGCUUUCCUGUUUUUCAUUCCAGGAAACCGGGGAACAGGAGCAGUGUCAGACUCCCACUUGUGUCUUGCACCAUAUCUACUUGAUUGACAUUUCCUGUCUUUCUAGUGGAAGCCUUUAAAACCCCCCAGUUGCUGGUUUUGGUUCAGUUAAACCGACAUCAUGGUGUCAGAGAAGGACUUUCUUGUGGCUGCUGCUGUUUUGGUUUUUGCCCUCAUUUCACACAGCGAGGGUAUAAUUGGUGGCAGAGAGGCAGCGCCGCACUCUCGGCCCUACAUGGCCUCCAUCCAGGUGCCAGAAGGAGAGAAUCUGAAACACGAGUGUGGAGGGUUUGUGAUCGCAGAUCAGUGGGUGAUGACUGCAGUGCACUGUCUGCCAACAGGGCCAAAUGGAAGGAAAGUAGUGCUGGGUGUCCAUUCUCUGAGUGCAACUGAAGAGACCAAGCAGACAUUUGAUAUUUUGGAACUUCACAAUCACCCAGGCUUCAGCGCGUACAAUUAUGACAAUGACAUUGCUUUAAUCAAGUUGGAUCGUCCAUUCAACAUCUCUGAAGCUGUGAAAGCAGUGGAAUUCCUGCGGACGGGUGGCACAAACCCCGACACAGAUGCAAUGGUGGAGACAGCCGGGUGGGGAUCCCUGGAUAACCUGGGGUCCAGACCAGACAAGCUCAGGGAGGUGGACAUCAAGGUGGUCAACUCCAAUCUGUGCAAACGCAGCGACUACUUUGGCAGAAAGUUCACCAAUAACAUGAUAUGUGCCCAUAAAGUAUGCCCAGACCCCUGUAAUCAACCACAUAAGAAAGAAGACACUUGUGAUGGUGACUCUGGAGGUCCUCUGCUCUACAAUGGCAUCGCAGUGGGCAUCACUUCCAACGGAGGAAAGAAGUGUGGCCAAAUUAAAAAGCCUGGAAUUUACACCAUCAUCUCCCACUACACUCAGUGGAUUGACAACACCAUGGCCCUGCAGCCCACUGCAACACCAGACCAGAGCGAUUAAAGAGCAUAUCGCAGUUUGGUUUCCACCACUGAGUCACUUAUUAUUGUACCUGCUAUGAAGGGUUCCUUUCCCCAUUUGCAACUAAUGCAUGGCUCUAGAGCAGAUGUGUCAAACUUAAGGCCCACGGGCCAAAUCCGGCCCAUUGUAAAUUUUGAUCCGGCUCGCCUGGUUGUGGGCCAAACCAAAAAAACAGGAAA